AUGUCUCCCGAAUGCACAUACCUACUGGCUAGUGCGCCCUCAAACCUUACUUAUACGCCGUCAGGGCCGAUUCAACUUGGGAAUAUCAUCGCCAAUCCUCUGGAGCCAGCCAAGGUGCUUUCGUCGAUCGACGACAAAGUCGGCCGCGCCUAUAACAAUAAUUUAGAGAAGGAUUUUCAGUUCUCGCAGGGUGGCGGAUUGAAAUUCCAGGGUGGCUUCUGGGCAAAAGUUCUCCAGGCAUUCGGUCUUUCCUUCGACGCCAUCAAUGACAAGCACGAAGCUGUCUCCUACUCUGUCAAGAAAUUGGAAACCCGCACGCUGAAGAGUAUACCCAGGGAGGAGGAGCUUCGAAAGCGAUUCAGUGAGCUCGCUGUCCGCAGACAUCUGAAUUCUGGGCACAGAACUCCCAAGCUGUAUCUGAUCUGUGGGCUCAAGGUUGCAUAUGGUAUGACAGUUUGCACGGACAGGGCUCACGACCGAGGCGGCGGUGUUCAAGCUGAGGUUCCGAUCCCCGCAGAUGGAAUUGGUCUGGCGGCAAGUGUUGGAGCGGGUAUUCAACUGAAUCGACAAAGGCAACGGGUUAUGCGGUUCGAAGCCGAAGGGCCAGUAGUCCUGGCGUAUGAGCUGCUUGUCAUACGCGUCCGAAAGCGACGGGACCAAGGGAUCGACAUUGAUUCAUAUAAACCAAGAGGAGCAUUUUUGCACGGCGACGACGACGACGGGAGCGAGGAUGAUGUAUUGUCUGAACAGGAUAGUGGAUAUUCUGGAGACGAUACUGAGAUCGAGACAAGUACAGUAGAAAGGGCGGAUCUUGACAAAUGGGCAAAAGGCUUCUGGAUCACGAAUGAAGACGGGCAGGAGACCAUAGUCGACCGUACUUGA